AUGGCUCACUCAGAGGGGAAGAGGAGUGGAGAUGGAGUAAGAUGGAGAGGAGCAGAAUCAAUGAAGAAGAUACUAAAUGGUGGUGGAGGACUCUCUCCUGAGCUUGUCAGGGAUAUCACUACCAACAUUUUCCCUACUGCUAAGCUUCUUUCAGCUUAUGGGAUGACCGAGACAUGUUCUUCAUUAACCUUCACGACUCUUUAUGACCCUGCAAGUGGAAUUUCUGGAAAUCCGUUACAAGGAAUAGAGUCAACUCCUCGAGAGGGAUUCCACGUUGGAAAACCAGCUCUGCAUGUCGAAUUGCGGGUAAUUGGGGAAGGGUCUUCUCCUGUUGGCAGGAUUUUAACAAGAGGACCACAUGUAAUGGUUAAGUAUUGGGGGCAUCAAAUUGUAAAUCAAAACCAAGGUUGGAUUGAUACCGGCGAUAUAGGCUGGAUGGAUUCUUCUGGCGAAUUAUGGCUUGUGGGACGACUAAAAGAUCGAAUAAAAAGUGGAGGAGAAAACGUAUUCCCUGAAGAGGUGGAGACCGUUUUAUCAAAACACCCUGGGGUUUCUAGCAUUCUUGUAGUGGGAAUUCCAGAGCCUCGGCUGUCAGAAAUGGUCAUAGCCUGUGUUCAAAUAAGUGAAGAUUGGCUGUGGGAAGACCAAAACUCUGAAUGUUUACAAGAUGAGGAAAAGCUAAUAAUAUCGACUGAAAUCCUCCAAAACUACUGCAAGGAAAUGAAGUUAAGCAGGUUUAAAAUACCAAAGGUUUUUCUAUUGUGGAGGAAGCCAUUUCCCCUGACAUCAACCGGGAAACUGAAAAGACAGGAAGUUAGACAAGAGGCCAUCUCAAAAUUACAGCUAAUGCUGCCUAGCUAUCUCUGACUACUGAGAGAA